AGUCUUGGGCAUAGUCGGUCGCCAUUGGGAGCGCUCAAUUUAGUUCCUAGUCCUAUAGCGAACUAGUUCGCUCAUUUAGUUCGUUAGUUCUUUUUUAAUUUUUCAGUAGAUCUUAUUAAAAAGAUGAGUUUAUUGAAUGUCAGUAAAUAACAAUUAAUUGAAUUUACGUUAAAAAAAAUUAAUGAUUUAAUUAGUAUGUAAUAUACUACAUAAUGUAUAAUAUAUGCAUGAUACUUAUCAAGAACUAUUUGAUGAUAUGGACAUUAAAAUAAAAUGUAAUAAACGAAGCUAAACAUGUUUUUAUAUUUUUGAAGUGUAUUGGAUUAUUGAAAAUAACGCAACUGUAAUUUAAAGAUUACAUGUCGCUAAUUAAUGUAACAUAGUAACAUAGUGUAACCUUGAUAUAACAAACCUCAAUGUAACGAAUUCCUCGGUUUAACGAAUUUUUCGAAAUCCCCUAGAACUGCCUGUAGGAGCUAAUGCAAAAUGUAACUCUACAUUACGAAUAGAUUUUAUCAGAAACAUCUUUAUAUCGAAUUUUCAAUUAUUGCGGAAUAUAUAUAGAAGAAAUUAUUUAUCUCUUUUUAACCAAUUUUCACAACUAGAAAUCUUGACAUAACAUAUACUAUUAAUUAUUCCUACUUAAUUUCACAGUAAAUCAUGUCUUGGCAGGUUCAGACACGUAUACGACAGGUAGAUGACUAUUUACGUAAUGUUGAGAUUAAUAAACAAGUUUUCUUACCUUGUUAAAACGCAUUGUAGUUCCACCUAACCUCUAUAUAACAAACCUCAUUAUAACGAAUUACAUGGUAUAAUAACGAAUACUUUCUAAUUCCAUUCAGUUUCGUUAUAUUGAGGUUGCACUGUAUUCAAGUAUUUAAUAAAAUUAGUGGAAAAAGAAAUGUAAAAUAUUAAUUUUGAAUAAACUUACCGUAAAAUCGAAUUGAGAACUAUACGGUAUUUAUAUACUGCUUACUAUCACUUUCAUAUUAAUAUUGUGAGCCAGCAAUAUUUGUUAUUUGUUGUGAAUUGUGCACUAAUAAAACUAAGUAUAGACUAUAAAUUAUAUAUUUUAAUAAGAAACUCUGGUAAGAACGGUAAGAAUAAAAAUAAAUCAGUCGGUUAGCCAUGUAUCUCCAUAAUAGAGUGGACGCAAGAAAAAUAAAUAAUUAAAGAACUAAGAGCGUGAUUGUCGACGAACUAGUUCGCAUAGUUCACCUAAAAGAUCGCUCUUCCAACCUAGGUCGUUCGCGAACUACCCAAGAGCCCAAGACUACUUUGUAAUUUCGGUUUAUACAAAGGUACUCUGUGCUUUGUAAAAACUGUAUAAAAAAUUUAAAAAACAAAUAUUGCAAGACGUGCAAGACUUUAUCACAAAUUAUAAAGUUGUAUGUACAAAAGACUUUAUUUACUGUUACAUGAAAAAUGGCAGAGAUUUACAAACUCAUACAUCCUGUUAAAUAUUUUAAUGAUUAUAUUUCUCGAAAUGUUCGACCAGAUGGAAGGCAAUUUCAUGAACAUCGAAACAUAAAAUUGAAUGUCAAUUCCAUUAAAGCUUCAGAAGCCAGUGGAGUAGUAAAAUGCGGGAAUACAACGGUUAUUUGUGGCAUAAAAUUGGAGUUAGCCACACCAAAGGCAGAAGAACCGGAUUCAGGUUUCUUAGUUACAAAUGUGGAAUUGCUUCCUCUAUGUUCAUCAAAAUUUAGACCAGGUCCACCAUCUGAUUAUGCACAAGUCGUAAGCAACAUUGUAACAGAUAUAGUUAUGAAUUCAGAAUGUAUCAAUUUAAAGGACCUCUGUAUUGUAUAUGACAAACUUGCUUGGGUUUUAUAUUGUGAUAUUGUUUGUAUAGAUAAUGAUGGUGGUCUUAUAGAUGCUUGUGUAAUGGCCCUAAUAUCAAGUCUGAAGACAUUAACUCUGCCGAAUGUCACAUAUGACCCAGAAACAGAAGAUAUCAAAGUUGAUAUAACCAAAAGAUCACCUUUAAAAGUAAAUGGUCUACCGGUUGCAACAAGUUUUGCCAUUUUUCCAUUUUUUGAAAAGAGUAUAUUGUUAACUGAUCCAUCAGCUUAUGAAGAGGAUAUGUGUGGUGGGAAUGGUGCUAAUUUAAUAGUUUGUUGGAAUAAAGGAUUUCUAUGUGGGACACAGAAGUUUGGUGGUAGUACAUUAUCUAUGGAAGAUGAAAAACAGGCUUUAAAAAUAGCGAAGCAAAGAACUAAGCUGGUUGAAAAACUUAUUGAAACAUGCAUUGAUAAUGAAAGUAAAUGAAAUAAAUUU